AUGGAGGCUUUGCCAGCUCAUCGCGAAAACAGCUCCAGCUUGGGGCAGGUAUGCCCUGAACGAUUUGCCUCUAUGGAGCAUGGGGCUGAUCAUUCUCCUGCGCUGGAGAAGGAGGCCUGCUUCCCAAAUUCAACCAUAUCGGAAACCGAGUGCGCGACAAGGGUGGAUGAGCACGAUCUCACUGGGUUUUAUGAGGAACUUGGCAAGAAUUCAUGCCUCUUCCCAGACACAUCGUAUAGUUCAGAAAAUGAUCCGAACGUAAUAUUUGCUCCGCAGAUCGGGAAUGCAGAGCCAGACAAAAAGGAAUCAUCGACGUCCAGAAACCUACAGGACCAACUCAAUGACCUCCACGUUGCUGUCGGAAAAGUGAUAGAGAAACAGAAUGCGGUGACCGCAAAAAGGGCACAAGCCAGCGAACUACGUGUUGGCCUGCGACAUAAGCGGGAUGAAGAAGGGCAUCUACGGGCAGAAUUGUUGAAAAGUCUCAAUCUCGCUAUCACACUGGGGCAACCAGGGAAUGCAGAUUCAAUGCUUAGUACAGCGGAACGAUUUCAGACUUCCUCGGACGCCUAUCUAGUUCUCGAAAAUGAAUAUCACCAAUUCGAAGAUCAGCUGGAACAAGAUAAAUAUGUCUUGGAAAAGAUGGAGCAGAGACUUUCGUCAUUGUUGGAUAAAUUUGGCUCCCUCACAGGGUCGAGGAUAGGUGACCAGGGAGGGCUUCAAAGCUUUGGUGUCGAUGACAAUGAUAACGAUUCCUCCUCGACAUCUAGCAGCGAGCACGAUAAAUACCCCCCGCUUCUUUUGAAUAUCUGUCUCGGGUUGGAGAUGCUCGCAUUCUUCGUGGAUUUAUCCGACAUGAAGGAGUCAUUUUCGCGACUAGGCCGUGCGCUCGAUGAGGAGUCACAAGCAUUCCUAUCAUCUUAUGAGGAUGUGAAAUCGGAGCUGCAGAAGGAAUUAUAUGACACCGAACAGGAUGUUGCGCGCUUGAAAGCGGAGUGUGAAGCCGAGGGUUUGCUUCCUCGUCCCCCCCAAGAGAGCACGACCACGCGGUUCUAUCAAACUCUGAAAGAGGAGCUGCCGAAGAAACAUGGUUCACUUUGGUCCCCAGGGCUCGAGGAUACAGGUCCAUUCUUUGAGCAAGACAUGUCGCAAAGAUCGAACAUGCCCGUAUUUAUCAAUAAGUGGAUUCUCCAUCAACUCCGACAUUCUUCCAUAGAGAUUUCUCGAUUAAAGUCAAUUUUACAGCUGGAAUGGAACCUAGGCUGGGAAACAUCCAUCAGAAGUUGGGUGCUGAAGUUGUGGUUCAAGGAUGAUACGGCAGCGACCUCACCACCACAGACACCUUCAGUUACUGGGACAUCUUGGAUGAAAGAUACCCGCCAACUACAAUAA